AUGUGCCUCUCGGAGUGUUUGUCCAAAACUGAUGCGGCGGCGACGACCCGACUCCGACACAGGAAUCGCCACAACUUGAAAACCUUUGAGUUAAUCAACUAUCAAACAACAAAAUACACACUGACUGAGCUUUGGCCGCAAACAGCAGCUGCUGGAGCUGCCAGAGAGGAAUCGGAGCAAAACGGCGAUUUGGCUGAAAGUUUUUUGAAAUUCGACGACGUCGACGAUAAAGAGAGAUCAGCGCAGUCGUUGCAGGAGGGCUCGUUCUGUCGACGCAGCUUUGACGGACGCAGCGGCUACUGUAUACUGGCUUAUCAGUGUUUGCAUGUGAUACGCGAAUAUCGCGUGCACGGCACUCGCAUUGAUAUUUGCACACACCGCAAUAACGUGCCCGUUAUCUGUUGCCCAUUAGCAGAUAAGCAUGUGCAGACGCAGCGGAUUAGUGCCAUUAAAUGCAAGGAGUACCAUAGCGAAGUAAAAGGUCUGCCGCUGGGCGAUGCGGCACGUCGGUUUUCCGGAAAACAGUGCGUGCCAAGCGUGCCUUUAAUAGUGGGUGGCCAGCCCACACGGCAUGCCCUGUAUCCACACAUGACGGCUUUGGGUUGGACACAGUCAGACGGCGACAUUAAGUGGGGCUGCGGCGGCUCUUUAGUCAGCGAUAUCUAUGUGCUCACUGCGGCACACUGUGCCACCUCGGGUAGCAAACCGCCGGAUAUGGUGCGCCUGGGCGCACAGCAGCUGAAUGUGACGAGCAGCUGGCAGCAGGACAUUAAGAUACUCAUUAUCAUCUUGCAUCCAAAGUAUCGUUCAUCCUCUUACUACCAUGACAUUGCCUUGCUGAAGCUCACCAAGCGUGCUCAGCUGUCGCAGCAUGUGAAUCCUGCCUGCCUCUGGCAAGUGCCUGAGCUGCAUAUCAAAAGCGUUGUAGCCACCGGCUGGGGACGCACUGAGUUUCUAGGCGCCAAAUCGCAUACGCUGCGCCAGGUGGAACUGGACAUGGUCAGUCAGCAGCGUUGCAAGCAAAUCUAUCGCAAAGAGCGACGCCUGCCCAGCGGCAUCGUUGACUCACAGUUCUGCGCGGGCUACUUGCCCGGCGGCAAGGACACUUGCCAAGGUGACUCCGGCGGUCCUUUGCAUGCAGUGCUGCCGGAAAACAAUUGUGUUGCCUUUGUCGUGGGCAUUACAUCUUUUGGGAAAUUCUGCGCCGCGCCCAAUGCUCCUGGUGUCUAUACAAAGCUCUACUCAUACUUGGACUGGGUGGAGAAGAUUGUGUUCAAAAAGCUUUAAGAAUAAAACA